GCCCCCGGCCGGCCCGACCCCGGCCCCGGCCCCCGGACCGGCCCUUAUCUGAUUCCGGCUGCAGGUUUAAGAGUCCCGACCCUGCCCGUUGCACAGCCAGCUCGGUUCCUUACUCCUGCCGCCCCGCCCGUCCGUCGGUCCUACUGCCCGCGGUCCAUCUGAAGGGCCACUCCACCCCGGACCUAAGAUGACAUCCAUUGCCAAGGUGUAUUACAGUCAGACUACUCAGACAGAAAGCCAGCUCCUGAUGGGCCCAGGGAUACGACGGCGGAGAGUCCUGACAAAGGAUGGUCGCAGCAACGUGAGGAUGGAGCACAUUACCGACAAGCACUUCCUCUACCUCAAAGACCUGUGGACAACCUUCAUUGACAUGCAGUGGCGCUACAAGCUUCUGCUAUUCUCUGCAACCUUUGCAGGCACCUGGUUCCUCUUUGGUGUGGUGUGGUAUCUGGUAGCUGUGGUCCAUGGGGACCUGCUGGAGCUGGACCCUCCAGCCAACCAUACCCCCUGUGUGGUACAGGUGCACACACUCACUGGGGCCUUCCUCUUCUCCCUGGAAUCCCAGACCACCAUUGGCUAUGGCUUCCGUUACAUCAGUGAGGAGUGUCCACUGGCUAUUGUGCUUCUUAUUGCCCAGCUGGUGCUCACCACCAUUCUGGAGAUCUUCAUCACAGGUACCUUCUUGGCCAAGAUUGCCCGGCCCAAGAAGCGGGCUGAGACCAUCCGUUUCAGCCAGCAUGCAGUUGUAGCCGUCCGCAAUGGGAAGCCCUGCCUUAUGAUCCGAGUUGCCAAUAUGCGUAAGAGCCUCCUCAUAGGCUGCCAGGUGACAGGCAAACUGCUUCAGACCCACCAGACCAAGGAGGGUGAGAACAUCCGGCUAAACCAGGUCAAUGUGACUUUCCAAGUAGACACGGCCUCUGACAGCCCCUUCCUCAUUCUACCUCUUACCUUCUACCAUGUGGUAGAUGAGACCAGUCCCUUGAAAGAUCUUCCCCUUCGCAGUGGUGAAGGUGACUUUGAGCUGGUGCUGAUCCUAAGUGGGACAGUGGAGUCCACUAGUGCCACCUGCCAGGUGCGCACGUCUUACCUGCCAGAGGAGAUCCUUUGGGGCUACGAAUUCACACCUGCCAUCUCGCUGUCAGCCAGCGGCAAAUACAUAGCUGACUUCAGCCUUUUUGAUCAAGUUGUGAAAGUGGCCCCUCCAAGUGGCCUCCAUGACAGCACCGUACGCUAUGGAGACCCAGAAAAGCUCAAGUUGGAGGAGUCAUUAAGGGAGCAAGCUGAGGAGGGCACUGCCCUUAGUGUGCGCAUCAGCAACGUCUGAUGCUGGAUUCACACCUCCUCAUCCCUCUGGUCUCUUUUCUUCUCUCUUCUGGCACCCUGGGUAAGGGAUACUACCCAGGUUUACUGGAGAGCCCCAGAAGCACCCAUCUUCCACUCCCUCUUCUUUAACCCUGCGGCCUGUGGGUAGUCUAGGCCUAUUAGGGUUCAAGUUUUCCUUCCAUUGUCCUCCUUCGCCUCCCCCUUACCUUCCACCCCAACACACACACACCCCUCCCUUAAGCCAGGAUAGGGGAAGAAGACGGAGGAUUAGGCUGAAGUGGCUUAGAAGGCCUCAGCCAUGCCUGGAGACUCACAUUAGGAGGACCACGCAGUUGGAUGGAUAGAUUUCCCCUGGCCACCAUCAGAAAGUUUGUUGACUUGAGACUGGGGCCCUCUCCCUUCUACCUUCCUACGUAGCAAAUUCCCUAAGGCAAGAUGCUCUCUGACCGUUAUUUUGGGGUCUGUGCCUUCAGAAAUAGAAGAAUGUGGAAUCAAUUUAUCCUGGAGUCUCUACCAACCUCUGUUGAAAGAAGCCAGGGUUUUUCAUGGCACAGUUACGUCCAUUUUAGCUUCGAUCAUAACCUAGGACCUUGGUCACCACAAUUUUCUCCCCUAGUUUCUCAAGUGGACUCUCCCUUAGGAUACUUAAUUCUCUCAUUGAUGCCUUUGUUUCUACAGAAUUGGGAUUGAUCUGAGAAACACAGGACACAGAUAUGACCACCACUGAUGCCCAACUGAAAACUAGAUCCACAGGGCAGAUUUCCUAAGGAAGUUAAACCAACCCCACCAAGUGGGAUGCAGCGGUGUCACUAGAGGGGUGCGGCGUGUGUGGACCUCACUGGGUGACAAUGUCAGAGUAGGUGACACCAAAAUGACUGUCUAUAAAACUAUCGCUGUAGUUGUAACAACAAAAACAUUUUCGCAAACCCAGCUUACAUGCAUCAAUAUACCUACAAGGCUAAAACCCUAUGCUAAUUUAUUUUU